CUAGGGGUCCACGAUGCCUAAUCACACAUUCUGUAUGGCGUACUCCAGUGUGUCUGGGUGGUGCAUCUGGUAUUUCAGAGAGCCGUUCGCAUUCCCUAGACGGUUGUUGGUCACAUUACCAGAGCAGACCAUCCCGGAUUGUGUGUACAGCGCGUUCGCUGGUGAUGCACAACAACCCGGGAAUGGCCAGCUGGAGUGCGACGUGCUCCGUUCGGAUGGGUAGAAAUAUAAGUACCAUCCUCAGUAAGAUUACUGCAAAAGUCAGGCCCCGAGAUUCUUCUGCCAUGAACCUGUAUCAGUUGCUCCCGUCCACCGGUCAGCCAACAACGGAACUCUAUAGGAACUGUAUGCGGACAAUUGAGCGCUUGGUAGAUGACCAGUGUGUUGUGCCUUAUCCGCUCAGACGGAGUGAUUUCUUCGCCGAGUUAUGGCAAACAACGGCGAAGUUAUUGGUCGUUUUCGAUGAACCUGAGUCAAUGAACACCUGCAAAUCGGCCAGCGAAUUUGAUCAUGAAUUUUCCCUGGUAUGUCAGUUCCUCGCCGACGGUGGGAAGGUACUUUUACUGUUGAAUUCAUCUGCAUCUACUGAGAACACCCAAAAUCCGACCUCACUGGGCCAUCUUCUUUCAGCCCCUAGAGUAGUCACUCAUCCACUUGAAUCUCCUCAGUGGAAGUGGCGCAUACAUGCGUCGACAGCAUCCGUUCCACAUUCAAGAAUACUCGUGGGAUCGCCUGAUGAAACUCGCACAAACCUUGUAAUUACUUCUAUAAAUCCACUUGACAGUCGUCUGGAUUCACUACGGCAGGGACUGGAAUUGCUACACAUACCAUGUCGUUCACUUAUCAACCACUUCCAUGAGAAACCAUCCAACAAUGUAACCCUGUAUUCAAUGAUCAUGGGUUCCCACAAUACUCGAGCAGAAAAAACCCUAAAUAUCUUCUCUGAGCCAUCCACCUUGGCCGGUCUCGGUGAUUUUACGCAUGCCGAACUACGCGAUUGUUCCACUCUGAGCAGCCUACCCCCGGAGUUCGACUGGUUAGGUUACCGGAAAAAUCUGAACACAAACACCCUGGGGAAGAGCCUAAUAUGGUCUGAGUCCUUGGGUUCGAGUUGGGUGUUAUGUGAAAGCGUACUGGGGAAAAUUCCUCCUCAUUCCGGCUUAGUUGUCGUAUCUAACCGUCAAACUCAGGGACAUGGUCGAGGUGAUAAUCGUUGGGUCACUCCUUCCGGUCAGGCUGCAUUCACACUUAGCCUGACACUGAACCCACCAACCUACGUUUCACAACGAUCGGCAGUCACUUUUGCCAAUUAUGUUACCGGAAUGCAGCACUUGGUUGCAUUGAGUAUCCUCCUCGCCUGUAAACAGCUGAUUGCUGAGCGGCUUGGUGCACUGAAUGGACACCAAUGCGCAUUCGAAGUGGACGAGGAAUUAUUGGUGAACUUACAACACUCUGGUCCACAGCUCCGCUUGAAAUGGCCCAAUGAUGUCUAUGUUGUUUGGAAUGAAAAUAAGCAAUGUGGUGACGUAGCCUCCUCAUCUCCAAACUGUCCACGUUCUGGGAAGCUUGCGGGCAUGCUCACAAGAUGUUCACUUGUUGGAGAUAAAGAGGCCAAUUUCAUUAUUGUGGGUGUUUAUGUAUCUCCUACACUCUGUCGCUUCCCCUAUCCACUCUCACUGAUGAACCAUGUUGAAAUUUUCACAGGUAUUGGAUUAAACGUUUCGAAUCACAUGCCUACCAUUUGCUUGCAAGACCUACUGGAUCGAGUUUGUCCUAAACAGGCCAGCGUCGUAUCUACUGCGGAAGUGAUCGCUACCAUUCUUAGUCGUCUGGAGCGUCUCGUCAGUCGCACUUUGCACACUUAUGGACUUAGUUGGGCUUUCGAAUUAUACACUCGCUGUUGGAUGCACACCAACCAAACGGUAAAAGUUUGUUCAAACAAGAACGGAUCCCCAACUUUUGGUCGUCAGUGUACCAUAACCGGAUUGGACGCAUUUGGCUACCUGCUGGUUCGUGAUAACGAAACAGGCGAACAAUUCUCCCUCCAUCCGGAUGGCAACUCUAUGGAUAUGAUGCUUGGUUUAAUCAAACCCAAAUGACUCAGAAGGUUGUACUAGUUACAAAGUGCUAAUAGGUUCUCAAUCCUUGUCCUAUUUUUCUUGAAUUUCUCAUUGGUUUGUAUUGAAAUGUACUGAGCCAUUCAUCACGUGUUUUCCAAGAUUGCAC